AUGGGGUCUGAGAAAAAUGGAAGCUUGUGUGCGUCGCCAUGGCUGAAAAUCUCGAAGGAGGUGGACCCCGCAGAUGCUUCCGCCACCUUGAGCUUCCUUGAAGCACUGGGGGCUGCUGCCCCUGUUCUUCCUAACUGGAACGCGCGUGGCGCCUACGACGCCCUCUUUCGGAACUUCAUCAAACUCCGUCACAUCCAACCAGGACGAAUUUCCAUCUCCAUUCUCGCCAAACCAUGCCUCUCUAAUGGGUAUGGAACUCUGCAUGGAGGUUCUGUUGGGACCUUGGCUGAGAUUCUGUCAACUGCUUGUGCUAGAACGGUAGUUGCUGAGGAUAAGGAACUUUUUCUUGGGGAAAUGAGCAUUUCUUACAUGUCUGCCACUCCUGCAAAUCAUUAUUCAACUUCAGUUGCACAGUUUAUUAGCAUUCGCCCUGGGGAUUGCUUUGGAUCAGAAGAAGUGUUAGCCACUGCCUCAGUGGUGAAGUCCGGAAGAAAUUUGACUGUAGUUGCAGCUGAGUUUAAACUGAAGAAAAAUGGGAAUGUGGCCUAUAAUACUCGUGCUACCUUCUAUAACAUGCCACUUGCCCGUUUAUGA